AUGGCAACUGCAGAUCCUGCCCCUGCCUGGUGGAAACUGACCUUCCUGCGUAAGAAGAAAUCAGAGCCGAAGGUGUUGUAUGAAAUCCCCGGAGACCACAUCAGCAACACCGGGGAGACCCCCGACACAUCUGCGGACAGUCAGUUUAAUGCCCGCUUGGAACGCAUCGUAGACAAAACAGCAACAAAGGGACGCCAUGUAAAGGUCUCCCAUUCAGGCCGCUUUAAAGAAAAGAAAAGAAUCCGUUCGACACUAGCGGAAAACCCCGAACUAUUCCCUGAGAAAGAACCUACAACUAAUGAGAAUAAUAAAACUGGAAAAUAG